AUGGGAGGGAAUGCGAAGCAGAAAUUUGAUAAUAAGUGUGUGGAGAUGAUAAGGCAGAUUCUGGACGGAAAGAUCGCGUUAAGAAAAGCAGUGUACAAAGAGAAAGACCCGAAGAUGUAUCACAGGCUUGUGCACAUGGUUGUUGAGAACUACGAGUUGCUGCUUAAGAUUGUCAAGAAAAGUAAUUAUAUGAACGAGGAUCUUGAGAUGGCAGUGGUGAGAUGCUACCAGAUACUUGAUGGGAAGUUGAAGAAUGCAAGAAUGAAAAGGAAGUUCAUUGAGCUGAUGGGAGGAGUUAAGCUGAAGUUUACAAGACAACCAGUGUUUGUACGAAUUAAUACGUUGAGAGGUGGUUGUGAAAAUGACAUGAGUGCGUUUGUAUAUGAAAAAACGCCUCUUGAUGGUGUUUUCAAGGUUAUGAAUCCGGAAGUAUUAAAUGGAGAUGAAGCAUACAAUCAAGGAAAGAUAGUGAUACAAAACAUAUCAUCAUGCUUACCAGCAUUAAUACUGAAUCCAGAUGAAGGAUCUGUUGUGAUAGACACAUGUUCAGCACCUGGAAAUAAGACAUCUCAUCUUUCAAUGAUCAUGAAGAACACUGGCAAGAUACAUGCCUUUGAGAAAGAUGAGUCGAGGGCAAAGAUACUUAGAACACAGCUUGAAAAGCUUGGGGUUGGAAAUACAGAAGUGAUUGAAGGAGAUUUUCUACAGUCUGUGCCUGAUGACUUUAAGGAUGUUGAGUAUAUUUUAUGCGAUCCAAGCUGUUCUGGAUCUGGAAUGCACUUGAACUACAAGAUGGAUUUAGAACGAGUUGGUAAACUGAAGCAAUUCCAGAUAUACAUGGUCAAGCAUGCAUUACAGUUCAAUCCUAAGCGGCUUGUGUAUUCAGUAUGCUCUGAGCACAAGGAAGAGGGGGAAGAUGUUGUAGAGGAAGCUCUCAAGGACUCAAAGUAUCAACUAGAAGAUAUAAGCAAGUUUUGGCCACAGAAUACAGUUUCUGAAUCCCCAGUAAGCAAAUACAUUAUAAGAUGCAAGAAAGAUACUGAUGGCGCAACAGGGUUUUUCAUAGCAUCAUUCAUCAGAAGAGAUUAA